GACCAUGACUUUACAAUGCGACCAGGAUUUGGAGGGCCUGCAGUCCCAGUUGGAGUGGAUGUUCAGGUUGAAAGCUUAGAUGCGAUUUCCGAGGUUGAUAUGGACUUUACUAUGACCCUGUAUCUGAGGCACUACUGGAAAGACGAGCGCCUGUCCUUCAGAAGCAAUAACAACCAGAGCAUGACUUUUGAUGGCCGACUGGUGAAGAAAAUCUGGGUACCGGACAUGUUUUUUGUCCACUCGAAGAAGUCCUUCACACAUGACACCACCACUGACAAUGUCAUGCUGCGAGUUUACCCCGAUGGCAAGGUCCUCUACAGCCUCAGGGUGACAGUCACAGCCAUGUGCAGCAUGGACCUGAGUCGUUUUCCUCUUGAUACGCAGACGUGCUCUUUGGAGAUCGAGAGCUAUGCGUAUACAGAUGACGACCUGAUGCUGUACUGGAAGGAAGGGAACCGCUCCUUAAACACAGACGAGAGAAUUUCUCUUUCCCAGUUCCUCAUCCAGGAGUUCCACACCACCACCAAGCUGGCCUUCUACAGCAGCACAGGUUGGUACAACCGUCUGUACAUCAACUUCACUCUGCGGCGUCACAUCUUCUUUUUCCUGCUGCAGACCUACUUCCCUGCCACUCUGAUGGUCAUGCUGUCCUGGGUGUCCUUCUGGAUCGACCGCAGGGCCGUCCCUGCCAGAGUGCCGCUGGGUAUAAUGACAGUGCUCACCAUGUCCACCAUCAUCACCGGAGUCAACGCCUCCAUGCCCAGGGUCUCCUACAUCAAAGCUGUGGACAUUUACCUCUGGGUCAGCUUCGUCUUUGUCUUCCUGUCAGUGAUAGAGUACGCUGCCGUCAACUACCUGUCUACACUACAGGAACGCAUGGAGAGGAAACUCAGAGAGAGGCUGUUGUGUACCUGUGGUAUGGCCCACCCAGGCACGAUGUCCAUCAGCUACAGUGAGGUGGACGUCAACACCACCGGGAACUACGGCAUGCCCGAGGAGAACGGGGUGAAGCGGGAGAGGAUGCUGGUGCAGCUGGCUAUGGAGAACGACCAGGUCACCGGCCACGUUGGCUCCAGCGCCUACAGCAACGUGUGGAUCGACACACACGCCAUAGACAAGUACUCACGGGUCGUUUUUCCCGCGUCUUACAUCCUGUUCAACAUCAUCUACUGGUCUAUCUACUCCUAACACAGAUGGAUGUCAAACAGACCUACCUCUCCUGGAACAGAGACCUGAGGUUCAGGCUUGAAAAAUGGAGCAGAAAGACCGAGGUGAACUGGGAACUGUCCAACAGGACCCAGGAAUGUUUGGGAAUUUUUAUCUGACCAGAUCAAGAUCAGCCAAUUUUUAC